AUGGCCGACGCAGCAGGUCCCGCCGCCGCCCCAGCCCCCGCCGCGGACGGCGCCGCGGCGCCUGCGCAGGAGAGCUUCAUGGACCGCCUGUGGCCCAUGCUGCGCAUGCUGUUGGCCUCGAGUGCGCAAUCCCCCAAUAGUGGCCCCCCUGCGCAGCUGCAGCUGCUGCGCAACUCGUUCCAGCUCGGAGACCCCGUGAGCCUCAGAGUGUAUGUCACGCCGGACGCGCACUUCUCCUUCGCCGACGCCAGCGACAACGACGCCGUGGCCCGCGAGCAGGAGGCGCUCCGCUGGUUCGAGAGCGCGCUCGCGUACGAUGCCACGCCCAACGCGGCGCGCGAGGACGGCGUCUGGCUGCGCGAGAUGAACGUGACGGUGGACGAGCACCUGCUGGCCAACGGGUCGCUCUACGCGCACGUGUUCCUGACCAAGGACGGCCACUCGCCCAACCCGGCGGACGCCUCGUUCGACGCCAUGAGCUCCGUGCACCGCUCGGUGGAGCUCACGGCCUUCCGCCCGCCGCCCAAGAUCGUGAAGAAGCGCAACCUGCUUGCAGCCGCUAAGGAGGAGGGGGAGGAGGACGAAGAGAAGAACAAGAAGACGGAGGAGGAAGUGAAGCAGCCGGAGGAGGGCCAAGAGCUGCAGGCCGACGUGUACAUCUCCAUGUGGAAGCCCUCGUUCUAUAUCAACCCGGUGCUGGACCACUCGACGUACUCGGCGCGCCAGCCGCCGCCGCCAUUUGUGUCCCCGGAGAUGGAGGUGGACAAGGAGGCGGGUCUGUACUCGCCUGUGCUCUUCCUGAACGAGUUCUGGCUGCUGGAGGAGCACCUGAUCCCUGUGAACGACACGGUGACGUCGCUGCCCCUCGAGAUCUCCUUCUACUCGCUGCCCAUGUACAAGUACGCGCUGUACACGCAGAUGGAGCAGAACUUCCGCAACCAGGAGGCCACCGGCACCUCCUCCAAGCGCGACACGGACAACAUGAAAAGCAUGUUCAUCGAAACGAACCCGUACCUGCUGGCGGUGACGAUGGCGGUGUCGCUGCUGCACUCGCUGUUCGACUUCUUGGCAUUCAAAAAUGACGUGAGCUUCUGGAAGAACCAGAAGUCGUUAGUGGGCCUCUCGCUGCGCACGAUCGUGCUCAACACGUUCUUCCAGCUCGUGAUCUUCCUGUACCUGAUGGACAACGACACGUCGUGGCUCAUUCUGGUGCAGUCCGGCAUCGCCCUGGUCAUUGACGUGUGGAAGAUCAAGAAGGCGAUCGUGUUCUCGCGCGACGCCGACAACAAACUCGUCGUCUCGGGCGUGGAGAGCUACGAGGAGUCCCCAACUGCCGAGCACGACCGUGUGGCUGUGGCUCACCUCUGUUACGUGCUGUACCCGCUGAUCGUCGGUCAGGCUGCCUACACGCUCGCGUACGGUGUGCACAAGGGCUGGUACUCGUGGGUCAUCUCCAGCCUUACGAGCUUCGUGUACGCGUUCGGUUUCAUCAUGAUGACGCCCCAGUUGUACAUCAACUACAAGCUCAAGUCGGUGGCACACUUGCCGUGGCGUGCCAUGGUGUACAAGUCGCUCAACACGUUCAUCGACGACCUGUUCGCCUUCGUCAUCAAGAUGCCGUGGAUGCACCGAUUGAGCUGCUUCCGUGACGACCUCGUCUUCUUCAUCUACCUCUACCAGCGCUGGAAGUACCCGGUGGAUGCCAAGCGCACGAACGAGUUUGGCCAGGGCCCUGUCGAGGACGAAGACGCGACGAAUGCGAUUGAAGGCGUUGCUGCGUCUGCUGGCGACAAACCCGAGUUGGCCGCUGCUGCCAGUGCUGAGUCCGUUGCCGCUGCUGUGGACGAUACGGAGGACAUUCCUCCCCCUCCGUCGACUCCGCCAUCGACGGAGUACCUCAUGUCCAAGCGCGCCAACACGCUUGAGGAUGAGGACGACAUUGUAAAGAAGGAGCCGGAGCUGCUGGAGUAG